UGUGUAGGGGGACACAAACCAAGCUCUCGUCACAUUGAGAAAAAUAAUUUUUGGGCUCUGACAUUAGCACCACAGAUUGUAAUUAUCUUGAAGCAUCGAUCGUCUUCCCAAGUGAACAAUGACUAUUUCAAAAGGAGGUUCGGUUGUCUUAGCAUUUUCAUACGCCAUCAUCGCCUUAUUUGGUUCUGUUUCUAACGGUCUCGUCGCUCUUACUUACUUAAAGUGGCGCAGUCGUAUUUUAACGCAACCAAAAGAUGUGCUCAUUCUUAGCCUCGCCAUUGGGGACUUCGUGAUGUCAACUAUAGUAUGUCCGCUCGGUUUUGCAUCCGCGGUGAAUCGAAAAUGGACAUCGGGUCAUACUGGUUGUGUGUUCUACGGUUUCUUCUCGACUUGGAUCGGCCUCGCUUCGAUUGCGCAACUCGCCUUCCACGCCAUCGAGAGGUACGUCACUUUGUCGAGUCCAAUUCCAAACGUGAUUUCAGUGAAACGAGCAUUUCAAAUAAUCAUGGCUGCAUGGAUUGGUUCGUUUCUUGCAAGUUGUUUUCCAUUGUUGGGUUGGUCUCAAUACACCUUCGAAGGUUUUGGUCUCCAUUGCUCAAUUCUUUGGGAUUCUCGUUCAGCGGUCGACAGCAGUUACUCCAUGUUCCUUCUCAUCGUUUUCUUCACCUUUCCAGUCGCUGCAAUUGCAUUUUCCUAUGGAAAAAUUUUCUUCAUCGUGCGUCGAAUCUACCUGAAUGCGGACACGAUGUGGGGCCAUGACGCGCAGGCAACGAAGGAAAGUUACGAAGCACAAGUAAAAACGGCCAAACAACUUCUCCUUAUGAUCGCAGGAUUCAUGUUCGCUUGGACACCCUAUGCUGUCAUGUCGUUCAUUGUCGUCUUCUUUGGCGGUCAGAUUCCAUUUGGCUACCACGAAUAUCCAUCCCUGUUUGCGAAAACAUCGAAUAUCUACAACCCUAUCAUCUAUUUCUUUACUUACCAAAGUCUGCGAGAGAAAGCAAUUGGAUUGUUGCAGUGUCGAGGAAAUGUGGACGCAGUUGAACCCAUGACGAAUCCUAUGUCGUCAGGUCAAAAUAAUCAUCCAGCCGUCUAACAUGCUCUGUUGUUAAUACUGUAUUUUACUUUCAACCAAUAUUUAAAACUUCUCUAUAACAAGGUUUAUUAUAAUGCAUGAAUGAUGAGUGAAUAGUUUUAGAAUAAAUAGUGGGAAAAUAUAAAUAGUGGGAAAAAAUAAAAAGAGUACUCAAAAUGAAAAAGAAAAGAAGAUACAAUAUGAAUGUAAAAUGGUGUAUAAAAGAUGUUCGGAAGAUACUAUAGCGUUUAAAUUUAUUUGCAAAUGGAAUUUCUUUUAUUGACUCCUU